GAAGCAGCAGGGGAGAGACUCUGACAGUCCAGAGCCAGAGACUGAGAGAGAAGCACGAUGUCUGAAUUCAGAAGGAUCAUGAUGUCUUCAUUCCUGAUGCUGCUGCUCCACUUUCCAGCUGCAGCUGUGAAAGAUUACUACCCCACUGUCAGAGCUGGAGAUGAAGUCACUUUGCCUUUUGACAAUGUGAUAGAUGAUCAGGAUGAGUGUGAGAGUGCUACCUGGUUCUUCAUUGAUUCAAGAAGCCCAGCAGCAGUGAGGCUGUUUGAAGACGGACAGAUUCACAAAGAAGCCAAAGCUAAAUCAGACAGACUGAGAGUUACAGAGAAUUGUUCUCUGGUUAUAAAGAAGGUCACAGAGGAGGAUGCUGGAGGUUACAUCUGCAGACAGUUCAGAUCAGGAGAACAACAAGGUCCAGCCUCUUGGGUUUAUCUGUCUGUUGUUACCAUGACUGAACAUCAGGACAAUGAUGAGGUGACGUUACACUGCUCUGUGUCGACAUAUGGACGGUGUGAUCACACAGUGAAGUGGCUGCUUCAGGGUCGAGAUGUGGAUAAAGAUCACAGAGAGAUAAACACAUCACAGUCUUCCUGCUCUGCCUCUGUGACAUUUCUGACUUCUCUCUUUAGUUACACAACAAGGUCUGAGUUGUUUACUUGUGAAGUAACUUAUCGUUCCAACGUGUGGACCUUCAGCGCUCAGUCCUCAGGUGAGGACAAAAAACCAGCAACAACUAAUCGACCACCACCAACAACAACAACAGCAACAACAACAGCAACAACAACAACCGCAGCAGCUAAAAACAACUUAAACUCAGGUGAGGAUGCAGGGAAGGUGACUGCAGUGUCAACAACAUGGCCAACAGUGAGAAUGAGAGCAGCCGGAGAGAUGACCAACACAUCUGAAGACAAUCACACAGAACCAGAGGACAACAACAAAGGUCGCUUGAGGCUCAUCAUGGUGUCUGUGGGUUUAGCGGCUCUCAUCAUCACCGUGGUUACAGUCAACAUAUGGACAAGAGCUAAAGGGAGCAAAGCACAGACGGAAGAAAACAUGGAGCAGAAUGAUGAAGAUGAAGAUGAAGAUGAGGUGAACUAUGAAAACGAUAGAGGGGCUUCUGCCUCUGUGUGACUGAUCAACAACAUCAACUCCCCUCAGAGUCCAUGCUGUCAAACAUCACCUCCUCAUAUUCUACAGGAGAAAACAGGAGAACCAUGAGAUCAUUGGAACAUUUCUGAUGACUGAGAACACCUGAGCAGUGUUCAUUUUGGCAGCUAUUUUUGAUUUAGUCUUUAGACGAAAAUGGUUAUUAGUUUUAGUCACAUUUUAGUCCUUUUUAUCCUUCAUAGUUUUAGUCCAGUUUUAGUCGAUGAAAAAUCAUUACAUUUUAGUCAACUUUUAGUCAAAAUGUUUUCUCUCUUUAAACUAAUUCAGUUAAACACAGGUAUCUGAAACUGGAAUCAAGGUGACAGCAUCAAGUGUUGAAAUUCGUAAAGCAACAUUUCACUCUCUUAACGCUUUA